CUUCUCUGUGCCGCACUUCGUAUAAAUACAAUCCAACACCCAUUCUUAUUCCCCUGAAAUCAGGGAGAACAGAGUUGAAGUGAGAAGAACAAGAAAUGGAGACAUUGAUUGAUUUUGAGCUAAUGAAGAAUCAGCAAGAGCGAGAAGAAAGUGUGGACUCAUUGACGAGUCCAAGCUUCAGCAGCUACACUUCUGACAAACUCGCUGAUAUCGCCGAUCAAGUUAACCGGGACUACCGUCGGGGCAUCGAGCCACGCGAUAAUGGUUUUGAAUUCGUCACGUUUCGGGAGGCUGCCGACGGCGUCUUCCUCGACGGCUCCGUGGGCCCUGUUUUCCCAAUCUUCAAUCGAGACCUGUUAACGCUAUAUGAGAGCGAUGGUGGAGAUGGCCAUGGUCGGGAUUCUAGCGCAGAGGAGGAUCAUGUCAUGGCUCUUCAAUUCCCGAUGAGGAAUUUGAUGAUUCACGAUGAUAAUGAUCCGCCGUCUUCCUCGUCAUCGUCGUCGGAUGUGGAUGAUUUGGAGGGAAUUCCACCGGGAAGUUACUGCGUUUGGACUCCUAAUUCGGCCAAGGCUUCGCCGAGCAGACACAAGAAGAGCAACUCUACAGGAUCCCCGCUGUCGUCGAAGCGAUGGAAGCUUCUGGAUUUGCUGCGGCGGAGCAACAGCGACGGGAAGGAUUCGUUUGUGUUCGCAAGUCCGACAUCUUCAGGGUCCAACUGGGGGAAGAAGAAGGAGGUGAGAGGGGAGAAUUCGAAAGAGAAGAAGGUUUCGGCUCAUGAAGCCCUCUACGGGAGGAACAAGGAGUUGACCAAACAGAACAAGAGAAGGUCGUACUUGCCGUACAGGCAAGACUUGAUUGGAUUCGGGGUUAGUGUUAACGGUGUGGGCAGGGCCUUACGUUCAUUCUGAUUCCUAGCAGCUCUGCUCAUAGAGUUCAGACAGGGCUAGGAAUAAUCAGAAGUCUGCUAAUUUUUGUUUAGAAGCCAGUUGAGCCAUUAGAUGGUUCAUAGUUAUAUAGUGAGUGACCUUUCUUUUUCUCUGCAAAGUUCUCUUAUGUUUAAUUAUA